GAAAGAAAGAAAGAGCUCGCGUGUGAUGUGUUUGUGUAUCCUCAGUGUUUUUCUCUCUUGAGUGUUUUAUUGAGUGUAAACAGAGUCUUGUCUCUGUGUAUUUUAGUGUUGAUGAUGAGAUGGAUGUGAUGUGCUGUAAAUCAGAAACUGAUCAGGGCUUACAGGAUGAUGAAUCUACUGAUCAAACCUCCACAGAGUCUCUGGAUUCUGUCUGUAACGCUGGAGAACAGCAGCAGAUCCUGCAAACCACACUGAAGAUGGAGGUGAAAACAGAACCCACAGAAGAGGAAGAUCACACUGAUGAUGAUGAUGAUGAUGAUGAUUUUAUUAACGUUAAUUCAGAUGUGAAGAGUGAAUUAUGUUUGGAUGAAGAAAUAACGUCAUUGACCCUUUUCUGCAUCCCUGGUGUAGAGACAUUGAGCUCACAGGGACAUUUCGAGAGAGAACACACAGAUCCGAAACUCUUCAUCUGCAGGAGAUGUAAGAUUAGCUUUACCACCUUACAAGAGAAAAAACUUCACAUGAAGACACACAAUAAUGAAAAGUCUUUCUACUGCAGUGAAUGUGGAAAAUAUUUAAGCACCAAAAAUGCUCUUGAUGGUCAUAAGAGAGUUCACACUGGAGAAAAACCAUAUCCCUGUACUGUUUGUGGGAAAAGGUUUAAUUCUUGGAGCAAUUUAGUGUCACACCAGAGAACUCAUACAGGUGAAAGACCUUACAAAUGCUUUCAGUGCGAGAAGACGUUUGCUCGAUCAGAUGUCCUGAGGACCCAUGAGAGAAUUCACACUGGAGAGAAACCGUACGUCUGCUCUCAAUGUGGUUGGAGGUUCUCUGAUUCAUCUCAUUUAAGUAUUCAUAAGAGAAUUCAUACUGGAGAAAAACCAUAUCACUGUAAUGUUUGUGGGAAGAGUUAUAAUUGUCGCAGCACUUUAGUUAAGCACCAGAGAAUUCAUACAGGGGAAAAACCUUACAAAUGCUCUCAGUGUGAGAAGACGUUUACUCAAGCAGGCCAAUUAAAAGUCCACGAGAGAGUUCACACUGGAGAGAAACCUUACGUCUGCUCUCAAUGUGGAAAGAGCUUCUCUGAUCCAUCUCGUUUCAGUGUUCAUAAGAGGGUUCACACUGGAGCAAAACUUUAUCACUGUAAUGUCUGUGGGAAGAGUUUUAAUCACCGCGGCACUUUAGUGACACACCAGAGAAUUCAUACAGGUGAAAAACCUUACAAAUGCUUUCAGUGCAACAAGACGUUUGCUCGAUCAGAUGGCCUGAGAACACAUGAGAGAGUUCACACUUGAGAGAAAACUUACGUCUGCUCUUAGUGUCGUUGGAGCUUCUCCUAUUCAUCUUGCUUAAGUAUUCAUAAGAGAACCACACUGGAGCAAAACUGUAUCACUGUAAUGUUUACUCCAGCAGACCAAUUAAAACUCCAUGAGAGAGUUCACACUGGAGAGAAACCUUACUUCUGCUCUCACUGUGGAGAGCUUCUCUGAUCCAUCUUGUUUCAAUGUUUAUAAGAGAAUUCACAGUGGAAAAAAGUUAUCACUGUAAUGUUUGUGGGAAGAGUUUUAAUCAACAUUUAGUGUAACACCAGAGAAUCCAUACAGGUGAAAGACCAUAGAAUGUAAAAAAAAAUGGACGACGCCUGUUCGCUCUUUUCUAUUGGUGAAAUUGAAGCCGCCAGUGUCCCGAUAUGGCGCUGACAUCUUGGGUCUUGAGUCUGCGCAGUAGCGAUUUAGGGACCAGUCCUGCGCAGUAGUGAACAGGAAGUAAAGCCGUGAAAUCAAGACCCUGCCCUCGCUCUCGCAGAAUGCACAUAUCACACGAUAUCACAGCUGUCAAUCAUGACGUGAAACCCCACCGUUUUUAUAUUAUUAAAUAACUAACUAAACACAAACUUAUUUUAAAAACAAACAUUUGAAUUUACAUCAGCGUGAUAAAAACUACAGUAAAUGGCAGAAACCAGCUUCGGAAAAAAGAUAAUUUAGUUUUUUAGUUGGCCUCAAGUCCCAUUGAAUAACAUUGGGAGGCGGGCUUUAUAACCUAUACUGGGACCAGUCACUGGGGGGCGAUCGAGACGUUUUGGCUUCACUUUUCAGGGAUUGUGCGGCACGCUUGUGAAAGACCUUACAAAUGCUCUCAGUGUGAAAAGAAGUUUGCUCAGUCAAAACACUUAAAAAUCCAUGAGAGAGUUCCAUCUUUUUUCAGUGUUCAUUAGAGAAUUCACAUGAAAAAAAAACUCUAUCACUGGUGUGUUUGUGGGAAGAGUUUCAGUCGAUAUGACAAUUGAAUGUCACACCGGAGAACUUGUAUAGGUAAAAUGCUUUCAGUGUGAUAAGACAUUAUCUCAGGCAUGUCACUUAAAAGCCCAUCAGAGUAAAGCCCAUUCAUAAAACAUACUGAGAAAAAAUUACUCUGAAAUCAUCAUAGCGUCUCAAUAUGUAGAAGUCAAACCCGGAGUGCUUAAGAGGUCAACAUCACAUUAAGGUUUCAUUUGGUUUAGUGUUACCGCUUGUUUACAGUGAAUUUUGAUGGAAUUGGACAGAAACCUUAAAUCAAUGUUCAAUAUGAUUUUUUUUGUCAAUGUUCAUUGCAUCUAAUCAAUAUCAUGUUUGCAUUCUCCAUUAAUGUUGAAAAAUAUUACAAUUUCAACAAACCACCAGUAUGGUGAUCAGUGUUUGUUUUAGUUGAGCUCUUGACUGAUGACAUUCGUUAAGUUAAUUCUUUGCUUAUGGGUGUUAUGUAAGAACACAUGUGCACUGAUGAAGAAAGCAAUCUUUCAAAGUUAAUUUGUGGAUGCUUGUUUUUUAUAAUAGGUGUCAAGUUGGAAUAACAAUAUGCUGUUUUAGCUGUUGAUCCUUUUAUGACAUCAUCUGCUUUGCAAAUUCGGACAAACUUAGACAUCUUCACUCGCAAUUAGGGAAGUGAAUGUUUGUAAUUUUUUCAUUUCGAUUAAUCCAUAGGUCUGAAAAAUGAGUACUCGAUUAAUUGGGGGUGGGGCAAUCAAAGGAAUAAUUUUUCAGUUUUUAACAGGAUGUGUGAUGAAGUGAGACUAAAGGGUUAAUAAACACAAAGUUAAUCGCUUUCUAUAUGACGCACUCUACGUUAUAUUAAGCCUUGAUACAACAUAAAUGUAUUAUACAACAUGCAUCUAUCUGCACAAAAUGCAAGACUUCAACUAAGUUAUGUACUCCCAUUGUGGAUGUGCACCAUAACCCUACAAGUGUGUGUAACACUAAACAGACCUCCAAAUGCCGCCAUAACCACAAAAUAAAUAAACCCAAACGAUAAUUGUUUCGUGAUCAAUUAUCAAUGCCACAAUGCAUAUUUAGAGAGAUUUUUACAUACUUUGGUAUGUAUACCACUGGAGUAAACUGAAUUGAUCAGUUUUUUAAUUGGAAAAUCUUCUUUUUUAAAGUAAAUUUACAUUUUUUUUCUUUGAUGUUCUACAUCUCUUAAAGAAUAUAUCUGGCAGUAGACCUUAUUUUCUAAAUAGCAAUGUAACAACUUAAGAGGUCUUCAGAAAACACAUGUCAAUGUUAUCAUUGAAAAUUAUUCUAAUGAGUUUCCGCUUCUUGCCGGGUGGUUCUUUGCCAUUUAAAAUCCUUAAAUGCAUGGCAAGCCUUUGAAUUUAACCUAUUGAAUCUGUUUCUCAGGCAAUGCUAAAUAAAAAUCAUUUUUCCUUUUAUUUAACAUCACUUCGUCUCCUGUCUCUGUUUUUCUCUUCACGAAGUCAAAAUACAUAUGAACCGAGAGCUGUGUCUGUUAAUUGUUUAAUCUUAAUCACUUUACAGACAAAAAUAAUUAGCUUUCACUAACAAUGCCAUCUUGAACUCUUCUGCAUUCACGAGACAUUGCUAUAGGCACGCUGCACAGCGACUUGAGUCCAAGAUGGUGUUGUCACUGGAAGCUAUUACAGUUCAAAAAGUUUCAAAUAUGGUUAUUUUUCUUAUAAAAUCACAUUGCUUACCCACAACAUACUUUAGUUUACAUCUUAGAGCCAUGUGGAUUAAGCCUGUGAAAUAUAGAUGCAUUUUUUGGAAUUGAAGUUGUUCCCUGAUGCCUUUUUACUACUGUUAUAAGCUUGGAAAAGCAGGGACAUUUACUAAAAUAACUCCAAAUGUAUUCGUCUGAAAGAUGAUGGACGUGUAUAUCUUGGACUGCUUCAGGGUGAAUAAAUCAUGGGGUAAUUUUGAUAUUUGGCUGGGGUAUGCAUUUAAUAAAGUUCUUAUCCAAAUUAUUUUAAAGAUGUUGUUUAAAGUGAUAAAAUUAAGAAGGUUUAA